UGACUCGUACUUCUGUUUUAGCCGAUGCUUUAAAUGCGAUUAACAAUGCUGAAAAAACUGGUAAACGUCAAGUUUUGAUUAGACCAUCUUCCAAAGUUAUUAUAAAAUUUUUGCAAGUUAUGCAAAAGCAUGGUUACAUCGGAGAAUUUGAAUAUAUUGAUGACCACAGAUCUGGUAAGAUUGUUAUUCAAUUAAACGGUAGAUUGAAUAAAUGUGGUGUUAUUUCUCCUAGAUUCAAUGUUAAAAUUAGUGACAUUGAAAAAUGGACCGAAAAUUUAUUGCCAGCCAGACAAUUUGGUUAUAUUAUCUUGACAACUUCAGCGGGUAUUAUGGACCAUGAAGAAGCUAGAAGAAAACAUGUUUCUGGUAAAAUUUUAGGAUUUGUUUAUUAG